CGCCAUGUGAAGCUCAUACUCCGCAUUCCUGCGAAAUGCAUGAGCGACGAUGAGUCGGCUUACGAGGAUUCGGUGGAUCCACAUGAUGGGAAGAAGACACAACAUCUGAUCUUCCCUCCGCAGUUCAACAUCGUGAAUGCCUCCUGGAUGAGUGAAGAAUUGCGCAAUCUCCUCCACUCUAUCGAUUACGUGGCCCGCACGGGGCACAGGAAGGGGGGAAGUGUACCACGCAAGAGAGCACUGCCGACAUCGGGUGCUAAUGAGGUCGACAAGGAGGCUCCUCGAGGUCUUCCUAAGUCCUGCUACGAUCCCGCAUGGCUACGAUCUCUGAACGAUGGUGAGAAAGACGGACUGAAAAUGGGUGACGCGCCCUAUGAUUUCUCGCUCUAUGAUGAGCCCAACAGACAAGUCGGCGACUAUCCGUGGCCAUAUUUAGGGGAAGACAACGAUUCCGAUAGCAAAGACAGCGAUUCCGAUGGCAAUAAUGAGGAAGAAGACUUCACGGAAGGUGGGGGUAUUAGCCUCGUCGUGCAUGCCGAUGCUAAUUGA